CUCAAGUUUCCUCUUAUUCUCCUUCGCAUCACGAAGGAACCUCCGAUUCUGUCCCCUUAUAUAUAUAUAUCUCCUAAGACGAGAGAAGUAGAGCCCUUUUCACAGCUCAAGCAGACUUCUUGCCAUCCGCAAUCCAUACCGAAACAGAGAAAUAAGAGCAGAGGAGGUGAGGACAGAUAGAGUGGAGGCAUUGGAAGUAUGGGUGCCAAUGCCAUCAAGUGUCUCAUCUUCCUUCUGGGACUUCUCUUCUGUUCUGGAGAACUUGUUAAAGACUCUGAGGACGAUCUAUCAUUUCAUCCAUCUCUCAUGCAGACGGAUGUAUCCUCGAUGCCUGAAAUGGAUGUUGUCACUCCAGUAACAACAGUUCCGGUGAUUAACCCUUCCACCACCCCAACCACCACUACUCCGGUCUAUGAUCCAUUCACCGCGCCACCUACUCCGAUCAUGACGCCUACCACCAAUCCAUACUCCACUCCGUCGAUGGUGACCCCGUCCACGCCGUCAUCAGGCCAAAGCUGGUGCGUGGCCAGCCAAACUGCGUCGCAGACUGCGUUGCAGGUAGCUUUGGACUAUGCCUGUGGAUAUGGAGGUGCAGACUGUUCGGCGAUUCAGCAAGGUGGAAGCUGCUUCGAUCCCGAUACUGUUCGUGACCAUGCAUCGUAUGCAUUCAAUGACUACUACCAGAAGAAUCCAAUUCCUACCAGCUGCGAUUUUGGAGGAACGGCUGUUAUCGUCAAUGCGGAUCCAAGUACUUCGACAUGCCAUUAUUCCUCGACGAGCACAACCUCACCUUCUUCCUUCAACACGACUAAUCCCACUGGAUCAGCUGGAUCAAAUGUUUACGGAGAUGUUCCGACGUCUACUACAAGCGCUUCUGCCUUGAUGUUAGAUGGCAUGACACUUGUGAUCACCCUAACAUCUCUGCUGAUGUCUGUGAUCUUCUAUAGUCUCUGCAAAUAGACAUUAAAGGUGUUCUACGUGCAACGAGCCAAAGACGAUAUGGUUGGUGGCUAUCUUUCGCUACAGAAACUAUGGAUUCCCCACAGAAAGGAGGCAGCACAAGAAGUCCAAAUCCUAAAGCAAAAUAACCUUUCUUGAGAACUCAUUCUACAGAGUAAGCGAAUCUGGCGAGGAAGAAGUUGGUAGCAGAGCCAUCAGCCUGCAGGUUAUGCUGCUUCAAAGCCUCCAUUAGCAGGAAAUGUUGUCGAACAAUUUGCUUCAUUCGAUAGUAAUAAUUGUUACUUUGUUUUA